GAGCCCUUCAGUCUGGACCCGGUGACUCUUGCCAUGGUUUCACAAAGAAGCUGUGACAAAAGCCACGAGUCUCAGAGGUUGAUUCAGGCAGCGUUUUUGAAAAAUGAAUUGUUGAAGAACCACGACGAAGGAGAAAUCAGAGCCAUCAUAGCCUGCAUGUAUCCCACCACCAUCAAUCAAGGCUGCUAUGUCAUCCAGGAGGGGACCAGCGGGGCUCAGGCUUAUGUUUUAGAAGAGGGGAGGCUGGAGGUGACAAAAGAUGGACAGAAGCUGCUUACAAUCGAGCCACAG